UUGCAAUCCGCAAUAGACUAACUCACUAGCCCUGCUUUUCUAGACAUCUAAAAGUAUAACCUUAACCCUCCCUAUAAUGAAGCAGAUUAUGUCCAACUCGCAGAUUCAAAAUCCGAAUUGACAUGGCGGCCGAACAACUAUUUCAAUAAAACCAUAUGAAUUCUUGCGUUUCGCGAAGUUUGUUUCUUUUUUUCUCAUUAAAUUUGAUUCCUAGAUUGUGUAGUUCUCAAGCUGAUCCUCUUACUCGUAAAAAAAGUAUCAACGAUUUGCUUUUCUUUUAGACGUAUUUGCAUCGGAUUGGUUUACCAACUCCACUCGAUAGAGAAAAGUUACUACCCAAAAAAGAACAAUACAAAUGCAAUAAAAUUCCCCAAUAUCUAUGCAUUACAUAAAAAAAUAUGAUUCUGUUUUUUUUGGUUGUCUAUCUUUCAAUACUUCAAAAAAGUUUUAUUAAGGCGAUUUGUCUUUUCCCGAAUAGGAAUUUGAGUGAAAAACAAUCGUCUCUUUUUAUUUCCACUAAUAUCAAAUCGGCGAAUAUUGUUCCCACCAUUCUUAUCUCCUUGUCGUCAUUGGGAAUAAUUUAAAUGGGAUCGCUUUAAUAAUCUCUAUAGUUUAUAUUUUUCCAACAUUGGCGUCUUCGUUGAAGCUUUCCACAAAUCUCAAAUCUGUUUGGAGGAGACUCUCAAAUGUAUCCUUCUCUCGACGAUGAUGAUUUCGUCUCUGAUUUGUUUUGCUUCGAUCAAAGUAAUGGAGCAGAACUUGAUGAUUACACACAAUUUGGUGUAAAUUUGCAGCCUGAUCAAGAAGAUACCUUUCCAGAUUUUGCGUCAUAUGGUGUGAAUUUGCAGCAGGAUCCAGAAGAAGUCUUUAGUAUUGGAGCUGCUCAAUUGGAUUUGUCGUCGUAUAAUGGAGUUUUGUCGCAAGAGCCUGAACACGUAGGGCAGAAAGAUUGUGGAAUUGUGCAGGAAGAUGAAGUAGAGAUCAAUUCUGGUUCAUCUGGUGGAGCUGUUAAGCAAGAACAGGAACAUUUAGAUGACGAUUGCUCGCGGAAGCGGGCAAGGACUGGAUCGUGUAGCAGAGGUGGAGGAACCAAAGCGUGUCGUGAAAGAAUGAGGAGGGAGAAGCUAAAUGAGAGGUUCAUGGAUUUGAGCUCGGUUUUGGAGCCUGGGAGGACUCCAAAGACAGAUAAACCGGCUAUACUCGAUGAUGCAAUCCGUAUAUUGAAUCAACUUAGAGAUGAAGCUCAUAAACUUGAAGAAACGAACCAGAAGCUUUUAGAGGAGAUCAAGAGUCUCAAGGCAGAGAAGAACGAGCUGAGGGAGGAAAAGCUGGUGUUGAAGGUGGAUAAAGAGAAAACGGAACAACAAUUAAAGUCUAUGACGGUUCCAUCUUCAGGGCUCAUGCCUCAGAUUCCAGCUGCAUUUAGCCACAACAAAAUGGCUGUUUACCCGAGUUACGGUUACAUGCCAAUGUGGCAUUAUAUGCCUCAAUCGGUUCGUGACACAUCUCGUGACCAAGAACUCAGGCCUCCUGCUGCUUAAACUCUCAAUUGUUUUUUUGGUACCCAUAGGGAAUUUAUAGAGAUCUCUGAAUCACUUGGUUUAGGAUUCUUCCGUUUGGCAAGUGUAAACGCUUUACUCUUGAUCUUGGGUUGUAUUUUUAAUAUAAAAUAAAUAUAACUCCAGAAACUUGUGAUUUUUCUUGUAUCUUGUAGAUUUAUGCAUAGAGACUUUUGACUGUGU